AUGAAAUUCCUUGCUUUAAUCCUUUUUCCUUUCGGGCUCGCAGCUGCACUUAGCACUGAAGACAAACCAACAUUGGCUCCUACAUUAGAGUCUCGACAGUCGACCCAGAAAUGCUGUGUAGCAUUUGUCGCCCAUGGCUACAAGGGACAGUCCAGGUCGGGUGAUCUUUUUCGUAUCGAAUACGAAUGGGGUGGUGUUACCUCAAGGGGCCUUUUUCCAGGAUGCAAUCUCAAGAUUGAUCGCAAACGUGCUGCACCACCAGGAGGAUGUUCGGAGUGGACAUUCUCAGCUGAGGGUGGCAAUUGUCAAAGCUUUACUACUAGGAGGGUUGGACCCUGUACAUAA